GAUGAGCUGGAGGUCUGAGUCAAGAUGGCGCUGGUACGAAUGAGGAACGCGAAGGGCGGGAACUCCACAGAGAUAGAGAAGAAGAUUAAAAGGGGUCAUGCUCUGAGGCAGGGGUCUGUGUGGAGGGGGUACCGAGGACUCGUGGCCCUGCUGCUGGUUGCUGUGUGUGUGUGCAGGACCUGGUGGUACAUGAGCUCUGUGGACAGUGACAUCACAGCGACACUGGUCAGCCAGGGGGAGCUGGUCUCCCCUCUCCCCAGAGUCUACACCGUCCCGUGCUCCGAAGACUACGAGAACUACAAACGCUACCCAGGAUGCACCCCUCACAGGUGUGGCCGUGCAGUCACAGACAGUGUGGUCAGCAGGGAGGAGGCUCAGGUGCUCAGGAGGCUCGCUGAGAGGGGGCUGGCACUGGCCGGGUCAGAGGGAGGGGCUUCCAUACUGGACCUGCACUCUGGAGCGCUGUCGAUGGGGAAACAGUUCGUCAACAUCUACAGGUAUUUUGGGGAUCAGAUCAGGGAUGUGAUCACACCUGAGGAUUUCCAGCUCUACAGAGACGUACGUGAGAGAAUCCAGACGGUCAUAGCUGAGACGUUUGAUCUGGACCAGACUCUGAUGUACCUCACCAAGCCCACCUUCUUCUCCAGGAUCAACAGCACGGCAGCCAAGACCCAGCACGACGAGUACUGGCACCCACACAUAGACAAGGUAACCUACGGCUCCUUCGACUACACCUGUCUCCUCUACCUGUCUGACUACGGCUCCGACUUCACCGGAGGAAGAUUUGUCUUCAUGGACCAGAAUGGAAACCAGACAGUGGAACCCCGGGCAGGACGAGUCUCCUUCUUCUCCUCCGGCUCUGAGAACCUCCACCGUGUGGAGAAGGUGACGUGGGGGACGCGCUACGCCAUCACCGUGUCCUUCACCUGCGACCCUGCACACGGCAUCUCUGACCCCGCCCUGCCCUGAGGCACCCUGGGUGAUGGCGCCGCCCACGGAGUUGGACGAACCCUGUAACAAAAGAGGAAGGACAGAGUGAGGGGCUGUUUGUGAAGGUUUGACUGUUCAACCUUCAACAUGUGUACAUGUUAUUUUCAGGUGUUGACUCUCACUGACUGAGAGAGUACACCUUCAUCCUCUCCUGCAGUCUCUGUUCUCACUGCUCCGUCCUCAUCGCUGGUCUCAGGUCUGGUCUCAGGUCUGCCUGGUUCUUCUUCAUCAUUGGGGAUCCAGCUCUCUUUUCUUCAGAGAGGCUGAAGCGGGAUUUCCUGUGUCUCCACGCGUUUCUCAUUUGAAGCACAGAUAUAGAUCUGUUGAAUCAAUCCUUCGUCAUCCUCGCCCAGCUCUGACCCAGGAGGAGUUUUCUUCUAAGAAGAACCUUUUCUCUCAGUGACGUUAACAUCUACUUCAACAUGGUGGAGAACAGCUGAAAUAAAACACUGACAGUUCCUGAGAGGCUCUUCUCUCUUCUCUUCUUCUGUUUUAUAUCAUCAUUAAUCUUCUCAGUGUCAAGUCUAAUAUUCAGUUCUCAUUAAAUGAACUAAAAUCA